AUGGGGAGGGGUGUACGCAUUGGCUCCAAAGCGGACGUCGUGAAGACCUUGCGCUCGCUGCUGCGUUUAACACGCAACCGUGGAUCGCAGGAUACCAUACGAGAUUGCAAGUUUUCGCAGAAGAUUCUUGCACAGUACCGAGCGCGACAGCACGAGAAUGAUCGCGCUAAAAUGCGUGCAUACCGCUCCGAGGCUUGCGACUAUUUGAUGCUAUUACAGGGCGUUGAGGAGCAGCGCUACUUGUGGGCGUUAGAUGCUGGCAUAGAGAAAAGACUUACAGGACAAGAAAUUGUAAACGCAUCCGCGCGUCGUGUUGGUCUCGAAGUGCCUGAGGUGUACGAAGAUAAACAGGCGAAGGAAGAGCUUAAGAGAGAAGCAGCAGCAAAAUACCUCGAUGACAAGCGGACGAAAGAAAGAUAUAAGGGUGUAGCUAACAAUCAAGACAAAAGGCGAGUGGCCAAGAACAAGCACAAGUUUAAGGAUAUAACCGACUCUUGA